CUGAUGAAACUGUCAAUGAGACAAUGCCAUUUUUAUCGAAUAACUCGAUCACUUGAUCGAAACCAUUGACAGUUUUCACAGUGGCAAGCCAAAUAUUCACCUCAGGAUGCCAUACAGUAGUGGAGCUUGUCAGUUGUCACCUUCGGUUAGGCUGUCGGAAGGAUGUGCGAUUACGUCACCGGGCUCUACUGUGUGAUAAAAGUCAUCAGUGGAGAGACAGAGUGUGUGGUACGAGCGUGACUCGGGAGAUGUACAGGCUGAUAAACAAACAUAUAAUGGAGGGUGGAUCCUUUGAUUGGACUUACCCUGAACGCCCUACAGCCCACCGCUCUCAGGAAGAAUGUUUGGAGUGUCCUUACAGUGGUGCUGCCGACAGCCGUUCUACGCCCGACCGCUCUCAGGAUGAAUAUUUUGAGUCUACCAUCGGUGGUGCGUUGUCUAUUGCUUCUGAACAGUGCAUGGAGGACUAUGAUAAUAUUGGCAGGUCCUCUGCAUUGGAUGCUGACUGUUCCUUUACGGUGGAGUUACCCAAUGAUCCAGUCAUUUCAGUGCAUGAAAAAUCUAUAGAAAAUAAACCGCUAUCAAAAGAAAAUUUAACUGAUAAUCAACCAGUGACCUGGGAAGUUGUUCCUGGUGGUACAAAACGAGGAAAGCCAAGGUUGCACAGUUCUGAUGGCCACACGUACACAAUAAGAAAAGGAACUGAAUCGGUGACAUAUUGGACUUGCAGCAUCCGUCAAAAGGAUAACAAGUGUCGAGCUAGUGUAGUUCAGCGAGGCGUAACCUUCAAGCCAGGACAACACACUCACAGCCAUCCCGCCACACCAGGACUCCUUGCUGCAACCACGGUAUCAGUAGCCGUCAAAAAGAGAUGUGCACAAGAUUACUUUACCUCCGCAACCCAAAUUGUAGAAGAGGAACUGGCCACAUACAAACACGACCACCCUAAUGCCCAUCAGUUACCCAAACAAAGCAGCCUUAUCAAACAGGGUAACCGACACCGUCAGUCUCAAAGGCCACAUCACCCAUCUCAUCUUGACUUUGAACUCGUGUCUGACAGUCUGCCGCCAGAUUUCAUUCAAACAGAUAUCAAAAUAGGCGACAAUGGCAACCAGAAUAGUUCUCGCCACAUUACCAUGGCCACCAAAAAUCAAUUUAGUCUCUUAAGCAAUACUAAGCAGUGGUAUAUUGAUGGAACGUUUAAAAUAGUCAGAAAUGGUACAUACAUGCCUUCCUUAAAGCAGAACAUGCAAAGCAAGUGCCCCUCUUGUUUGUUUUGAUGAGUGGAAAAAGACAAGACUACGUCAAGGUGUUCCAAGCCAUCAAGCAGUUGCUGAAGCAAGACCCAGAUGUUAUGGAAGUAAUAAUGGAUUUUGAAGUAGCAAUGUGGAAUGCAAUAAGAGAAGUGUAUCCAUCGGUUCAUUUGCAUGGCUGCACUUUUUCACUGGGCACAUGCAGUCUGGCGGAAAGUGCAACAGGUUGGCCUGGCGACUGCAUAUAUAGAGCGAGGACCAGUAUACGAUUUUGUACGUCAACUCCUAGCUCUUCCCUACCUCCCUAAACGACAUAUCCGACCAGCCUUUGAAGAACUCCAGGAAAAAUCACAGCAAUGCGAACAUACGAGAAAACUAAGAUUAUAUAAGGCAAACAUGGCUUAAUUGGUAACACCGUCUGGUCAGUGGGCAACUGGUGUGCGUUCCGACGAUUGGUUCGCACAAACAAUGACAUCGAGGGCUGGCACCUACGCAUCAACACGCGAGCAACAAAGCACAACCUUUCAAUGUACCUUCUCAUCCCGCUUCUUCACAGAGAAGCCACGAUGGUUGAUUUACAGCAACAGCUGGUUGCUGGACACACACUAAGGUCAUCCACAAGAAAGGGAAAUCACGACAAGCAAGUCCGUCUCCGGAAGUUAAUUGUGGGAUGCUUACGAGGAAAAAUCCAUCACCACUACUAAAUUUCUAAGAAGCUGUCAGCGUCUUCUUCCGAGUCCAACAUAUGAUUAACAAUUAUUUUGCGCAUGUUUUCUCUAAAAUUGUGGUAGUUCCCCACCAAGAUUUUUAGUUACCUUUUAAAAUUUUGUUGAUGCUAUUGUUUUGUAACAACGCAAUUGUAUGUACCUUUUGAUCUAUUUCUACAGCAAUAUAAAAAGAAUUAUGGGGUUUUAUUUUUCAUAUACAGACAAUGAUCACACUCUGACCAG